ACAAAUGCCAGGAGUCUCUGGAAAUGUUAUAUUUCUUUGAUUGUUAUACAUCACAACAUUCUUGUUUUCAUCUCUGUCCAAACUCAAAAGUUAUAUUAAAUAAAUAAUGGAGUAUGUGAGAAAUGCAGAGGAUAUUGAAAAAGUUGUGAAACACGCCAAGCUCGACAUUUCUGAAUUUCGACCAUUGACUCAGACACUGUACUUUGCCAGCAAAGAUUCUGAAUAUCGCAUAUUAGAGCUCAAUGAUUCGCUUUAUGACACGCUUGUCGUUAAAGGGGAAAACCUCAUAUUCAAAGGCGACCAUGAUGAGAAAGCUGUUAUUUGCACUUCAGAGGCCACUUACGACGUGAAAGCUGCUGAGACGUCAAACUCACUGCUACUAAUCCCUGGAUUGAAAUUUAGCGAUAAUAUGGAAUGCAAAGGUGAAAGAGAUAUAGAAGAAAAGCGCAUUGUAAAUAUAUUUAAUGAGUACCUAGAGGUCAAGAAGUGCAAACCAAGGGUUCAUAAACUAAAACAUCUUCUUGAGGCAAAUCCUUUCACUGGGUUGGAGGAAGAGACGUCAUUACGCUCAUCUUACUCGACCAAAGAAUUGCUCGAUUGUGUUCAAGCGAGCGAGGCUGAACUGUACGAAGCGCUUAGAGAAUUAGAUGCCUUCCAACUUGGAGGUAAAUGGCGCAUACUCGGAGUUGAAUAUCAUUUUAGGACGCUCAGCUAUCUUCUUAAUUUAAUCGAUGAAAACUCAUGGAGUACAGAUAUGAUCCCUAUCGGACAGACAAUUUCCAUGCUCAAAGAUCUUGUACCUAAGGUGAUCCUAGAUCACAUUCUUCAGGCUUAUCUUGUCCCUUCAGGAAUGACUGAUGAUGAAGGUGAUGAACUGUUUACACUGAAGCAAGACAAAACAUGCUGCUUCAUCGGUGAAUACCUCCUCCGACCUGUUCAGAAAUUUAAUUCUGAUGAUUUUAUGCAAGCAUGGGCUGAAUCUGUGCCUGAAGGGAUGAAUAUCGAUCUCAAACAGCUGGAGGGCAUCGCUUUGUUCAGGUCUGAUCAGCGUCCACCCGUAUUUACAUAUUUCCCUGAGUCUGAACUUCCAGAAAAUGAAGUCGAACGAUUUGAACGACUAUUUACAGAAAAGCCGAGCUGGAAUUACAAUGAAAUCGAGCCAUAUGUCAGGAAACUAGCAACUGAAAAACAAACUGUGAAUUCAUUAUUAACCAAGCAUACUCGAGUGAGCAACAUUAACGGUGUUAAAGUAUACAGCUCUCGUUAUAGAAAAUGAAAAUAUCAAGUUUCUUUGUGUCAAAUAUUUAUUGUAUAUUGUUGUACUAUAAAAUUAUAAUUAAA